AUGAUAUUUCGCACAAUUCAACGAGAAGCCACAUCCCAUUCAUUUAUGCCUGCAAAAUGCUUGCAACGUUGUUCAUGUGUUGAUAUAAGACACUCAGAAGUUAAGGGACAAUGUAUUCAAAUAUUAUCUGAUAAGUAUAUCGGAAAUGAAAAUGCAACUUUGCAGGUCGAUGGAUCUUGUAUCCACAAAUGUGUUUGUGAGGAAAAUUUUAUGGAAAAUGAUACAGAAUGCAUUCAGUGUGUUUUGAACAAGGAUAGUGGUAACCAUUAUUCAACGAGUAAAGCGAUAGAAAUGAGUUGCUUACGAGCUGGAACGUGCAACCUAAACGAAAUAUUUCACGAAAUAAGUUGCAUACAAUUACGACGUUCCUGUGGACCAAAUAUGGAACUAAUUAUAAUUGACAAAAGACUUUCUUCUACCAGCAAACGUUGGAAAUGUGUUAUGCAAUGUCAAUGUGUGCAUGGAUAUAUUGAAUCAAACGGUCGAUGCACCAAAAUAACCAAAAAUUUGAAGGAAAAAAUUAUUUGCUUACGAGGAGAAUGCGCGCUUAACGAAAUAGUUCAAGACAUAAGUUGUUCACUAAAUGGCCUCUUCUGUGGACGGAAUAUGAAAUUCGCUGCAAUCAGUCGAACACCGCACUUUCAUCAUUAUAUUUGUAUUGUACAGUGCAAAUGUGCAGAGGGCUAUGAGGAACAAAAUGGCGAAUGCAUUAGACAAGAUGGAAGAACGAGUAGAAUAAAAAAUAUUUGUUCCGAAAGCGGCUGUGAAGCGGGGAGGAUAAUUCAUGAUGAAGGAUGCCAUUUGACUGGAGAGAAAUGUGGAAACAAUAUGAUAUUCAUGGUAGUUAAUGGUGGAGUUCAUCGUAGAUAUUCGAUUUAUUGCACACAGCGAUGUAGUUGCAUAAAUUCUGAUUUUAUUGAAAGAAAUUCUAGCUGCAUGAGAAAAAGUAUCACUGCUGAUUUAUCGGUUACCACUUCGCAUUAUGCCAUUACUGAUGGAAUGCACGAUUUUAAAGGGCAUACAAAAAAAGGCUACAAUCUUGGUGAAGAGAUUUCUGAUCUCGGUUGUCGCUUAAGAAAUCUUGAAUGUGGAAUCAAUAAGAAAUUCAUUACUGUUGAAGAAUUUUCUGCCGAACACGAUCCAAAUAUUAAAGGAUGUAUCGAACGGUGCAGCUGUAUUUUGCCGCGACCUGAUGGUUGCAUGCAAAAUUUCUAA